CAAUUAACAUGAAAUUCACUCUUAUUCUCACUUCUUCUUUACUGUUUGCUUCUGUCAUGGCUGCACCUGCAGCUAUAGAAUCUCCUACAAAUUCCACGGUUGCUGCUGAUCCCAUGUCAGGGGCUAUUGCUACAGCCAGUAUUUCUGUGGAAGGUCAAACCGUCUCUGCUCAAAGUUCUGGAUCCUCUUCCACGUUUACCGUGGCUUCUAUGGCUAUUCCUAUUACGGUUGUUUCUGCAAUCUUUUUGCUGUAAAAAAAAAAAAAAAAACCUAUCAUUUUAAUUCUACUUUUAUUCUCUUUAAAUAUCCAUGACGCAUGCCCAUUCUUAUAAUCUUUAAAUCCCCUUAUCCUUCUUAAUAAAC